UUUUCGCAGUGUUAAGGCGACCCGCACUCAAACCCAGCAGUCGCAGGAGCAACCAGACAGAGGAAGCGCAGUAAAGCAAGUGCAUUGAAACGCAACUUCCAAAAUGUCUCUGUCUAACAAGUUAACACUGGAUAAAGUGGAUGUUAAGGGGAAAAGGGUAAUAAUGAGGGUUGAUUUCAACGUCCCUAUGAAGAACAAUGAAAUCACUAACAACCAGAGGAUUAAGGCUGCUGUCCCAACUAUCAAGCACUGUUUAGACCAUGGUGCCAAGUCUGUGGUUCUCAUGAGCCACUUAGGACGCCCUGACGGGAGCCCCAUGCCUAACAAGUACUCCCUGAGACCAGUGGCUGCCGAGCUGAAAAACCUCCUGGGCAGGGAGGUUGUGUUCCUGACGGACUGUGUGGGUGCAGAGGUUGAGAAGGCAUGUGCUGACCCUGCUGCUGGGACGGUCAUCCUUCUGGAGAACCUGCGCUUCCACGUGGAGGAGGAGGGCAAGGGCAAGGAUGCGUCCGGGAACAAGACCAAAGCCACCCCCGAGCAGGUGGAGGCGUUCCGAGCCUCGCUGUCCAAACUGGGAGACGUUUACAUCAACGAUGCUUUCGGGACCGCGCACAGAGCCCACAGCUCUAUGGUUGGAGUGCAGCUGCCCCAGAGAGCAGCUGGAUUUCUCAUGAAGAAGGAGCUGGAUUACUUUGCCAAGGCCCUGGAGAGCCCAGAGAGACCCUUCCUGGCCAUCCUGGGAGGUGCUAAAGUCCAGGAUAAGAUCCAGCUGAUCAACAACAUGUUGGAUAAGGUCAACGAGAUGAUCAUCGGAGGGGGCAUGGCCUUCACAUUCCUUAAAAUGAUCAACAACAUGGAGAUUGGCACUUCCCUGUUUGACGAGGAGGGUUCCAAGAUUGUGAAGGACUUAAUGGCCAAGGCGGAGAAGAAUGGCGUGAAGAUCACUUUGCCUGUCGAUUUCAUCACCGCAGAUAAAUUUGAUGAGAAUGCAAAAACUGGAACAGCUACUGUAGCAUCUGGAAUCCCUGCUGGCUGGAUGGGUCUGGACUGCGGCCCAGAGAGCACCAAGAUGUUUGCUGAGGCUGUAGGCCGGGCCAAGCAGAUUGUGUGGAAUGGACCAGUGGGUGUGUUUGAGUGGGACAAGUAUGCCAAUGGAACCAAGAACAUGAUGGACAGGGUGGUGGAGGCCACACAGAAGGGCUGCAUCACCAUUAUCGGUGGUGGAGACACGGCCACUUGCUGUGCCAAGUGGGACACCGAAGACAAGGUCAGCCAUGUCAGCACUGGAGGCGGAGCCAGCCUGGAGCUACUAGAAGGCAAAGUUCUUCCUGGUGUGGAUGCCUUGAGCAAUAACUAAACCCUUGGAGAUCCUGAAGACGUUAGCAAGGGGUUUCAAUGCAGAGCCCCUGAGAACCACGCCACACCGCUUGUCUAGCUCCUCAGUAACACAGAUGAUGAAUUCCUCUCUUUGCACUAUGCCUUUGCUGCAGCUCCCAAGGAAAGCUCUUUUCUGAGUUCAAAUAAGAUACUUUACAGUUUGGAAUUGGUCGUUUGUGGUAACCUGUGUGUGUGUGUGUCGCUUGUUUUUGUUCAUGUGUUUGAGAGAAAGAGUCUGUUUGUUCUGUGUUGACUAUAGAGUAUAUAUUUUGCCUUUACCCACGGUUAAAUCUGUAUUUAAACACCUACGGUCCCUAUUUUGCUGGUGUUCUGUAGCAGCUUGUACUGUUGUUGGUAAAGUAGGUUUACCAGGUGUAUUGUGUCUGAACAACUUACGCCAAACUGCUAAUGGAAUAAAAACAAACAUUGGUGUAAAAACA